AGAGAAGGGGUGAAUAGACGAAAACUAAAAAUUAUAAACUUUGAACACGCGCUUCACCCGGGGUUAGAGUUCGAAAUAAAUAAUAAUAAAUUAUGGAGUGCAGAAGAUAGUUUUUCUUGCUAUGAGUUGCUCAAUCAAUGCGGAUAACUUUGAGAGCCAACUCAAAAGGUUGUGAGCAAGAGAACUUUAGAAAGAGAGGAGAGGGAAGAAACAAAUCGAGUGAUGAAGAUCAACACAAAUGAACAUGGUGAUUUGUUUCCCGAGGUUCGGUUCCAAAGAACCUACUCCCCGUUGAGGAGUCCACAUAGGCCGGGUCUAUUUCAACCCUUUCUCUCUCAAUCGAUCACUUAGACCGGUCGAGUGCUUCUUCUUAAUCACACGGGUCACUAAGACCCUACAAGGAUCACCACACAAUUAAGUGUCUCUUGCUUGCUUUACAAAUCACUUAGAAAGUUUAGAGAGAGAUAAAGAAAGCAUGAUUAAAAGUCAAGCAACAAGAGCAAUAAAAAAAGACACAAAAUCAUGCUCUCUCAAGUCACUAAUCACUAGCCUUUCCGAAGCAGAUCAAAAAAUCAAGGAGUUUGAAAAGAAACAAGAGACAGAUGCGAAGCGUAUUGUUGAUUUAGAAUAUGCACUGUCUAUUCAGGUGGAUUUGCACAGAUAUGAAGUGCAAGGAUUGGAUAAGAAUCUCGAUGAAGUAAUUGAAAAUUUCAAUGUAGAACAAACAAAACGUGAGAUAUCUGAUAUGGAACGAUUGAGGGUGCAGAAAAAUGUUGAGGAGCUUCGUCAGACUAAAGAGAAAUGCUAUAAGGUUGCUAUGGAAUGUUGUAAUAAUUUGAAAAAUAGUUUUGCUAAGGUUGGCGCAUUCUCUUCGGAGCAGAACUUUAUCUGUGGUGAUCCUGAUGGGGUUAUCCAGUGGAUUAGCGGCGAAGCCAAAGCUUUUGAGGAGAUCCUCGGUGAUAGAGGAGACUUCUGCGCCUUCGCCAGCGCCCGCGGAGCUGUAUCGGUCCUUGAGAAGGUUGGUUGCGAACAUGCCAAGGUUGUGGUUCAGCUAGGAUUCCCGCUCUCAGCCAACGACAUUAGGAACCCUUCGGCCGAAGCUGCCGCACUAAGUGGAAAGUUUUAUUCCGAAGUCUGGUUGAGAGGUGGCCGAGAGAUAGCUGACGAAGCUAUCAGAAAGAACGAGAAAGAGCCUCAUGAUGCCUUGGAAGAGGCCAGAAAAACUAAAGAAGGUGCUGAACCUGCAAAACUUAUAGCUGAGCUCUCUCCCCCUCCGGGGCCAUAUAAUCCUGAAGCCGAUCUAUCUCUGAAGGAGGCGCUUGACGUAAUUAGAAUAGCUAACGAAGAUGUUGACGAAGCUAUUAACAUGUUGCUAAACGAAGCUGCUAACAAAGUUUUAAAAGAAGAUGACUAGAGCUUGUCUAUUGAGACUUAAGGAUUUUUGUAUACAACUUCUUUUUUGUAAGAAACAAUUAUCUACUAUUUAUACAUUUAAUGAUGUAAUAUAUUUCUUUGUGAGGC